AUGAAGUCUUUGGAAGCUGUUGAUCAGACGCUGGCUGGGAUGGCUGUUGGGAGGGAGGGAGGAGGUAUGCAACAGGCACUACAGGGCUUUGUGAGGGUCCCCUCCCCCUUCCUCUCUUCCCUCGAGCUCCCUCCCUUGCCCCUCUCGCCCCCGUUCCUGCUGCUGCCACUCCAUCCGCCUCUGCCCCUCCGCCUGUGUCUAAUCCUCUUCCCCCCCCUCUUGCUCCGCCUCGUGCCCCACCUCUUGUCCCGCCUCUCGAUCCCCCUCUCCCUCUUCCCCGUCCUCUCCCUCUGCCAUCCGUAUCCACCUCCCUGCUCCUUCGGCUACCCCUGCCCCUACUGUCUCCCCCUGUGCUUUUCCUCCCCCCCCUGCCUCUUCCGCCUCUCCCUUGUCCUGCUGGACUGUCCGUACCAUCAGCACGAUCCUGGCCGUUGCCAGAAGCUGCUGGUGGAUUCUGGCCGCUGA